AUGAACUCGCUCAGAAGGUUGUUUCCAGCACUGAAUUCCUUCAGACAGUGUGCGCACUUUCCGACUGCUCAGUUUUCCCGCUCAAUUUCAUCUACGGCUGUUUCGUCUCAAAAGUUUGACAUCACGCCUUUAAAGCUCUCAAAUGAACUCUACGCUGUGAUUCGUAUCCACAAUAGGCCAUACCUAGUUACAAAAGGAGAUAAGGUAACGCUGCCUUUCAAACUAAAGCAAGCGGAAGUCGGAGACAUUCUGAACAUGAACGAUGUCACCGCAAUUGGAAGCAGAAACUACAAAGUCGUCGAUAGUCCGUUGGAUCCUUCACUCUACACCAUAAAAGCUACAAUUCUGGAGAAAACUAAACGCCCUAUGCGAGUUAGAGAGGUCACGAAGCGAAGGAACCGUAAAGUUCGUCAUGCCGUGAGCAAGCCGGAUCUCACGGUUUUGAGGAUUUCGGAACUUUCUCUUAACGAUUGA